UCCAUGGCAUUGGAACAUAAUACUUGCACUGAUGAGUACAAGGAAGAAGGUGAUUGCCUGCUUCUUGAGUUACAGCUCUUAUCAGCAGCCUUGGAUAGUGGACAUCUGAAAGAUAAUAUGUUGGUCGAAGACAGUGCAAGAAGGCUGUUCUCAGGAAAGCCAGUAUUUGAGUACUUUUUGAGUUCGCUGAUUCCUCAAAAAGACGCGACUUCCCCAGAGGAUUAUGAGGCAACUACUGCAGAGGAAGGAAAUGAUGAUGAUAGUAAGAAUGAGGAGGGGAAGAUGGAUGCCUCUCCAGCUGCUGCUCCUGGAAAACAGCUAAAGGGCUGUCAAGCUGUUGAGAUAAACCAAGGGAAAGGACAAACAAUGUCGAAACAUGCAAAGAAGAAGGCCAAGAAGAAGAGAAAAUAGAUUGUCCUCUUGGAAAAGCGUUACAUAUUCCGUAGAUGUCCAUGCCCUCAAACCUACUAGGUGUUAAUAUUUAGUAAAAUUGUGUGUAUAUUUUUGUAAGUGGCUGUUCUUUUGACUGAUCGUAAACAGUAUAAACUGUAAACUGGCUCAUCUAUCCUUUGCUUCUGUAAUCAUGGUCAUUUUGAGGAUUAUGUACUAAAUCAUGAUAUUGAUGAUGAGCUUACUUGAA